UUCAAACUCAAGCGUUGGCGGUUGGUCGCGAGCGCGAACUGUGAGAGGCUAGUUUCCCUUCCCCCACCAAGAGCCGGAGUACGGGCCAUAGAGUAGAGAGACCAGAGCUCAGAAUUAGUGCUAGUGCGGAGACCUCUGGGCACGGCCUGAGCCCCAGGCCAUGGAGCUACACGAACUCCGGUACAGCGAGCUGCAGCGGCUGGCCAAGCAGCACGGCCUCAGGGCCAAUCUCAAGGCAGAUAAAUUACUGAAAAAAUUGCAAGAACGUUUCCAACAAGAGCAGAAGGAUGAUCCUACUUUGAAGGCUACUGUCGAAGAGAAUACAUGCAAUACAGUAAAUGUGGAAAAAUGGGAAGAUUCCAAUGUGACCAAACGACGGGGCAAAGAAAAGUUGCCAAAUGGCAAUCAAAAUGAAUCUGUUCACUUGCAAAUUUUUACAGCUUCUGAAAAAGAGCAGCCUUCAAUGGAGCCUUCUCCUCAUUUGGAAAAGAGCCAAAGCAUAGAAGGUUCUGGUGUCAAGAGGAGGCAAAGAAAACGACAUGCUGAAUUUGAGGAUUCUGCAGAAAAGGAUGAAAUUGCAAGAAAUGUGGCUGAUGACAGUGCUCCUGUCAACCAGUCCACACAUCAUUUAUCAAAUGAGACAGCAACUGAUGCAUCCAAAGGAACUACUGCUCAAUCGAAGACUGGCAAAAUUCCACGUUUUAUUCGAGCAACAGGGAAACCUGGUCUCAAAUCUCCUCCUGCAGGAGGGAAAACUGGACUAAAUCACAUGACUCCUGACUGGAAAAAGAUUCAUCAAGCUAGUUUCAACAAGAUGGAGUCGAUUGACCGGUACAUUGAACGAAAAAGGAAACGCUUUGAAACUUUUGGUAACCCUGUCAAACAGAAAUCAGAGAAUGAACCGAAAGAUAUGAAGAACAUGGCCAAUUUCUCUAGCCCAGAACGUCAGACAUCAAAAAAUAACCAAUUUUUAACGCCUGCCAACCAACGUCAAUCAACACGAAACUCUGCGACAGUCACCUUAGAUGAAAAAUCAGUCUUCAAACCAUCUGUGUACUCUGUCACCAAAAUGAAUGUCAGGUUUACCGAUGUGGCCAAGGAUAUUGAUAAACCAGGUAUGAAAACUCCAACCAGAAAGUUUAACCCAGGCAGUGAAGUGAAAAAAAUCAGACCAUCUGGACCGGAGAAACCUGUAGGCCAGAAGCAAACUUGCAGCAACACUAAUAACCCUGCUCAAACUACAGUUGUUACUCCCUACCAGUUCUCUGGCAAUACUACUCCUGGAACUAAAAAAAAGUUCGACUUGCAGGCAAGUUUGUCUCGCCCUCUUCGAUACAAGCCACACAAAGGGAAGCUGAAAAGUUGGGAAGAGAUGAAAGAGAACAAGAUGACUCAAAGUAAAACCCUGCAUAUGAGUGCUUGGUCUCAUAAAAAGGAUCCUAAGCAACCAAAAUUACAGACCAGGGAGAAUCGACGGGAAACGUUUUUAGAAGAACGGAAGGAAAGAAAGAACAAUGUGAUAGGAGCAAGACGCGGACUGGUCAUGAUGAAAUGAAUGAAGUCAUGAAUGAAACCAAUAUACUCUACUGUCUAUUCUGUUACUUUUUUAAAUGUGCGUUUGGUUGAAAUAAUCUCAUUUUAAACUCUAGCCUUUUUCUCUGUAUAUAGCACUUGAUUCAUGUGAUUUCAGUACUGAGACUGAAUAUAGAUUAUUGAGUUAAGUGAGGCAUCUCACUGUUAAAGUUUCAUGGUUUUCAGAUACCAUUUUGUUCUAUUUCCUGAUCAAUGAUAAUGUAAAGUUGCUUCAAAUGGUGGUUGGAUGGAGACAUGAUGAGAAAAACGAAUGAAUGUGCCUCACAAGUGACCCUGGUCUUGUGCAGUUUGCUUGUAAUGAAUGAAGGUAGCUGCACUUCACCUAGGUGUGUUUGACACUGGAGAGGUAAUUCCACCAGGGACUGACAUCCCUGACCUGUAUAAGCACUCAGCUUCAUUUGGGAGAAAUCUCAUCUAGUUUUACCUAAUUACCAGCUUUUUAAUAUUUGCUUUUUAUUUUGAGGAUCUUGAAAUGUCUCCAGUAGCAUUAACACCCUUUCAACUCGCAGAGCACUGAUUGAGGUUCUUCUCUGUUCAACCAAGAAGAAUGUCUUAUUCUUGUUUGAGUAUUUACCUCUGUCCGUCUUAGUUUCAAACUUUGUCUUGUCUUGCUCCAGAGAGCCUGAUUUUUAGUGCCAUUUCUUUAAAAUUCAUUGUUUAUAAUGUGCAAAAAAGGCUAAUAUGCCUCCAAAGUAGCUGCAUUACAGCUUGCAUUUUUAAGCAAAAAUAAUUAGCUAGUCAUUGGAAACCAGAAGCGAGACUGUCAUGAGUUAGGUACAGCUUUUUAAAAAAUCUUGUCAGGGAGGUGUUCAGUUUUAACAUGGAGCUUAAAAAAAGGCAGAGGAGUGGGAAAGGUUGUUGUUCGGAGUUCUUGGGUAUUCUAAAUGAGCUGUAACGUCCAAAAGCAAAUGCUGAUUUGUAACAUAAGCGAUAACAUUCUAGAUCUUUACCCUCUUUAAAUGACCACCUUCAUGAGGUCCUUUUAGCCAUCAAUUAAGCUGUAUGUGUACUGCCUCCAGAAUGGAGGAAACGUAUGCGUGCUGGAGCUGCACAGAAAGUUCACAACCUGGAUUGGAAACAUUUUCCAUGCUUUUGGGACAGAAUAUUAAUAUUAGUUUUGAGCUCACUUAUGUGCCAGUAUUUUCUGCUUUGACUUUUUUCUUCACCACUCCUCUCUCUUUUGCUACUGCUGACUGUGUCUGUGCAAUGGUGCAGCCCUGAGCAAUCUGAACUUAAGUGGAGCUUCCUGAGAUUCAUUUUUCUUUCAAAUAUUUUAGAGAGCCAAAAUAUCCUGCUGGCUGGAUAUGCACUGAGCUUCUCGUGCUUCUCCACCCCCCACCACACCUAAUCCCUCCUUCCCCUUUUGUAUUUUUUCUUAAACCUCUCUCCCUUCCUGCCCACUCCUGCAAUAGGAGCAGUUUAUUACUGCUUUUUGUAUACAUUGCAGUUUUGGUGCCUCCUUUUAAACUUUCUGUAGAAAGCUGAAAAUUUAACAAGGUAUAGAACUGCCUUUCCUAAAGGCAACUGCAAUGGUUAAGGUUCUCUGUGCACACUUUAAUUGACCUUUCUUUUUCUCACUUGCUUGUGUUCAGACCUCACUCCCAUAUAGAUCUGAGAAUACUGGAUAAGUGUCGGCUCCACCAUUUGCUUCAUUAGAUCUAGUCAGUGACUGAAAAACAAGUUGCUGUAUGCAGUUCUGUAGCUGUAUUUAUCUCAGUAUUUAUUUUUGUUUUUAUUUUGAAGUGGUGCUCUUGUGGGAGAAAAUUUCUGGAAAUUUCAUGUUUUUAUUUUUACCAUAAAGCCACUAAAUAUGAAAUUUAAAAAAAUGCUAAAGCACUCUGGUCAGGCAAUUUUUCUUGUUCAGAGCUGAGAGUUUCCAGCAUGUUUGACUCCAGCAUCCAUGGUGUACUGCUUUUAGAUAUAUGCUAGUUGUAGAAUGUCACCCCUGCUUUCUGUGAGGCUGAGGAACAUAAAAGCAAGUUAUCUAAAUUCUGACUCCUGUCUGUGUGGAUGUUGGGUGAGGACAAGGUAAUGCUUGAAGAAUGUUCAAACAACUCAAUCUAGAUUCCACACAACAGCAUAUGUAAUAACGCCAUAAGUAGUUACCUUCAGGAGAGAGAUUAACUCGUUUAACCAUGAGGUAUGAUUAUAAGGAAAAAAAAAUUCAAAGUUGUAUUUUUCAUAUCAGCUGAUGUCUAGCAGUACCUCUAAAAUGUUCUUUCUUAAAAAAAAGGCUAUGCAUGACUUCUCAAACUGUUGGCUGUUUUUGUACAGGUAGGAUGAAAUUUGUUAAAAUAAAACUUACUUUGCUAA